CAGAGACAAACAAGUCCACUUCCCGGUAAGUCUCCGGAGAGAUCGUCUUCUAAACCAGCAGGAGCACUGGGAGCUGCGGUCAUGGUGUCCUGCGCUCUGGUCCUGGUUCCUCUGUGGAUCCUCAGUCUGAGUGGAGGCUGCCGGGCCGAGGAGCUGCCCAGGGAGGCCUUGUUGUCCUGGUUCGGUGGUCGGGUUCUGGAGGGCCUCGGGCUGGAAGAGCCUCCCCUGGCCUCUGCGCAGGGCCCCGAUGUGGACCCGGACCAGCAGGAGGGAGCGAGGCCCCUGCAUGUGAGGCCCCCGAGGAGCAGGAGGACCUGGGAGGACCAGGAGACCAGUCCCCCCCAGGACAAGUCUCAGAUUAUUCUCUUCCCCAGUCCUGACUCGUCUUGUGGCUCAGAAACCUCCGGGACCCACUUCAUGUAUCAUUUCCAGCCGUCGCUGAGCGGGCAGGAGGCCGUGGUCACCGCUGCCCACUUCUGGUUCUACGCCGGUGAAGGAGGCAACAUGUCCGCUCCGCUCUUCAUCCUCACCUCAGCGCCGCAGCUCCUCCAGGCCGCGGAGGCCCCGUCUCAGAGGAGCCCAGACGGGUGGACCACCUACGACCUGGAGCGGCCGGCUCUGGCCUCGGUGGCUCGGGGUCCCUUCGUCCUCCAGGUCCGCUGUCCGGCCUGCGAGUGCCACGCCGACCAACCAGACAAGACGCCCUUCCUCGACCUGAGCGCUCAGCCACGUGCUCGGGUCAAAGCUCGCCGCCAUGCGCCGCUCAACGUUCCCUGGUCUCCCUCUGCCGUGGACCUGCUGCAGCGCCCCCCUGUGGAGAGGCCGGAGCACAGCGACUGCCAGCGAGCGCACGUGGAGAUCAGCUUCCAGGAGCUGGGCUGGGACAACUGGAUCGUCCAUCCCACCACGCUGACCUUCUACUACUGCCACGGGAACUGCUCGGCCGGGGAUCGAACCACCGCCGCGCUGGGCAUCAGGCAGUGCUGCGCCCCGGUGCCGGGGAGCAUGAGGUCCCUGAGGAUCACCACCACGUCCGACGGAGGAUACUCGUUCAAGUACGAGACGCUGCCCAACAUUAUACCCGAAGAGUGUACUUGUAUCUGAAGGGCAAAGGUCAAAGGUCGAGUGCACACAACUCACACAAGGACCUUUCUCUUCAUCCCAGUGUUGGUUGUGUGUUUUAUUAGUUUUAACAGUUAAUACACAAAAUAAUCACCACACUCAACACAACUCACAUUAGGUAGUCUUCCAUUUCCUGUGUGCAUUGCAUUGUGGGAAGUCUCCAGCAACAGCACAUCACAGCUCUAUGUUAUUAUCAAGUGUUAUUUUGUAUUUCUUCUUUUUACUUCACUUAGUUUUAUCAUGUUUAUUGUUCUUGAUGUAAGAGUAAAAUGAAAGGCUGCAUUGUGUUGCUUCCUCUCACCUGUGGAGGGCGCUGUUUGCUCACAUUUAAACUGCAUCGUCACGUUCUGAUGUCAUUUGAUCUGUAAUUGUUUUCUAUAAUAAAUCAGUGGUUAGAACCUG